UGAAUUUCCAGUGACAGCUGAAAAUCACAACAAAGACCAUCUGCGGCGGAUUUUCUGUGAUUUUCUUUGAGAUUUCCCUGAUUUUCUUUAAAUUAUUCAAUUAACUGAGUUUGCAAAAGAUAAAUAAGACAAUGGUGCAGCAGAUUGAGGAGUUAAAGGAUGACGACCUUCCACGGAACACGCUUGAGUGGUUCACUGAACUUCCCGAAGUGCAGGAGAUGAUCCGGAAUCUGGUGAAUAUCUACAAGAGUAGCUUCGAAAAGGCAUACGAGACGUACUCUGCUAUCUUGUCGCGAUAUCAGGAGCAGCCCCACCUCCUGGAUCCCCAUCUGGGAGACUUGGUGACGGAAUUACUUCGGUACAUUCGCGAGAAUACCGAUCAGGAGCUGCAGCACUGCACAUUUAAGUAUCUCUAUCAGUUGUCCAAGGUGAGGACUUACAAGGCUUUCGUGAAGUUCCUCCCACAUGAGAUUAGCGACCUGGACGUUGUGCUGGAGCUCCUAGAGCGGCAGGACACUGGGAAUGUUGAGAAUUGGGAAAGCCGGUACGUCCUCUUGCUUUGGCUCUCAAUUCUCGUCCUCAAUCCCUUUCACAUGAGUCGCUUGGAUGCCUAUUCACCCGAAGGUGGCCCAACGUCUGGCCAGAGAGGAAGCAAAAUGGAGAGAAUUUAUAGGUUAUGCCAAGUAAAUUGCGAUAGCAAUGACUCAUGCUCCGAAGUUGCGGCAUUCCUAUCGGCGAAAUAUUUGAUCAGGAGUGAUGUGAAGGAUAGUUUGCUACCCAAAUUCAUCGAUUGGAUCAUCGAGGGGAGCCAGAAGGAUGAGGAAGCGAUCAAAAUUGGCCAACUACGGGCUAUUUCGGCGAUUCUGAAGCAUGGCAAGAGGGAAGAUAUCCUCCCACAUACAAAUAGAAUCCUCCAGUGGGUGACUGGGUGCAAUUUCAAGGACUCCAACGACUACCUGAAGCACCUGUAUCACGUGAAGAUUGUCAAGAGGCUGGGAUUGGUAUUCCUGAAGCCACAGCUAGCACGCUGGCGCUACCAGAGGGGAUCUCGGUCGAUUGUGGCGAACUUGGAACGUCCGGCGGGGCAAGAAAAUACCCCAGUUGUAGAUUCUUUCUCUGGUGGGGAUGUUCAACAACCACAUGAAGAGAUUGUUGUGCCGGAUGAGAUUGAGGACAUCAUUGAGGAACUUUUGCAGGCACUACGGAGCAGUAGUAGCGAAGUUCGGUGGUCAGCAGCUAAGGGAAUCGGCAGAGUAACAAACAGACUGCCUAAAUCACUGGGGGAUGAAGUUGUGGGCACACUCAUUGAGGUCUUUAACCCCCUUGAGCCCCAUGAAGCAUGGCACGGAGCUGCACUGGCCAUGGCGGAAUUGGCAAAACACGGACUCCUCCUGCUUCAUCGUCUCUCCACAAUGGUUCCCAUCCUCAUUCAAGCCCUAAUGUACGAUGAAAUGAAGGGCUACAUGUCCGUGGGGCAGCACAUCCGGGAUGCUGCGUGCUACAUGAGUUGGGCCUUUGCACGUGCUUAUAACCCAGAAGAUCUCCAACCAUUCGUCCAGAAGAUUGCAUCAGCUCUCCUGGUUACAACAUCCUUUGACAGAGAGAUUAAUUGCCGUCGUGCUGCCUCUGCGGCAUUUCAGGAGAGCGUUGGGAGGCUGGGAAACUUCCCUCAUGGCAUAGAUAUCCUCACCCGGGCGGAUUUCUUCUCAGUCGGCAUCCGGAACAAUUCCUACCUCGUUGUCAGUGACUACAUUGCGCAAUUUGAGGAGUACACCAAGCCCCUGAUUGAUCAUCUCAUCGACAGGAAGGUUAAUCACUGGGAUCAGGCAAUCCGGGAGCUAACUGCAAAAACUCUCAACAAGCUCACAAAGCACAAUCCUCCAUACAUGAGGGAUGAAAUCAUUCCGAAACUCUUUGAUCUCACAGACUCAAUGGAUGUCUCCACACGACAUGGAAGUGUUCUCGCGCUUGGAGAGAUAAUUCUCGCACUCAGGACGAUUAAUCCGGAUCUCGUGACGAAGGAGAUUGUCGAGAAGGCGAAUGGAUUGAUUGAGAAGUUCACAAAUCGCGAGCAAUUCCGUGGAAUGAGUGGGGAGAUUAUGAAGCCAGCUUGUACGGAUUUCAUCCGGAAUUGCAGCCACGCCAGGAUUCCUGCAACAGUUGGCUGCUUAUCAACAUGGCAGGGAAUUAUCGAUAGAUGCUUGACGAAUAAAAAUGCACAAAUCCGGGAAUCUGCAAUUGCUGCCCUUAAGCCUCUCUGUGAGACUUACUACGCAGUUCCUGGGAGGGAAGACGCCAAUACUGGGAUUAUUGGGAGCUACCUUAAAGGGGCAGAGAAUGAUCUCGAAGAGAACAUCCGGAUGGGCUUCCUGGCAGCACUGGGAGCUCUUCCGAAAUUCAUGUAUAUGCAGAAUUUCGAAGAGAUUCUUGGAGUUUUAUUGAAGCAGUGCCUUGUCCCUCCAACUACAGGCACAACGGAAAAUCCCAUCACUGCCAAAUGGUCAGAAGCUCGUUGUGAAAGUGUCAAGGCUCUCACAAAUAUGACUCAGACGGUGGGAUUUGAGGGGGAGAAGAGCUUUGGGAAUCCCCAAAUCCUACAGAGAGUCUUCAACUGCCUCCUGCUGGCCCUCGAGGAGUACACGCUGGACAAUCGUGGAGACAUUGGAGCGUGGGUGAGGGAAGCCAGUAUGAAUGGUCUCUUCACGGUGGUCACCACCUGUCCGCAGGAUAUCCUCCAGCCUAGUGUGGUUCACAGCAUCAUGACGGAAUUCGCCCAGAAAGCUGUGGAGAAAAUUGACAGAACUCGUGGCCUGGCGGGGAAGCUCUUUUGCAAUCUCAUCCACCACAAUCCAUCCAUUCCGCACAUUCAGGAGCACGAAAGAUUGAAAGAAAUCUUCCCGGAGGAUAGCAAUAGUGUCCUCUGGCUCUUUGCUGAUCACACUUUCCCGCUUUUCUGCGAAAUGCUCGCAUUUCCCGUCUACUCCCCGAAGAUUCUCCUGGGAUUAUCUGCCAGUAUUGGGCAGCUUUCUGAGUCUCUGAUUAAAUAUUCAUCAGCAUCAUUCUUUCAAUUCCUUAAAUCUCAUCCGGAUCAUGUGAAGCGGAUUGGCGAGGAGAUUCUCAUGGUUUUCCAGGAGAACAUUCACAAUGAGCGCAUUACGUGUCCACUGCUGAAUUUCUUGGAUCUCCUUAUUGGUUCGGGGACAAUUGAUUGCCUUCUGAUUGAUCCGGAAUCCACAUUCCCGGAUCGGGUGUUCCAGCAGGUUAGCAAUGAAAUUGCGGGACAGAAGAAGAUCUAUAAGCUCGCCUCCAGCAUUAAUGUCUACUGUCAACUCAUACAAGUUCCACGGCUGUGCCCGAAGAUCCUGUCCAAGUUGAUGGUCUUCCUGGGGCGUCCUGUUGUGCACGUGCGGAAGACAGCAGCGAUAAAACUCUACGAAGCACUCAUUGUGCACGGUGACACGGCGGGAAUUGCAGAGGAGAAUAUGGAUGAGGUGCUGAAUUUGCUGUCGGAAACUAAUUGGGGACAGGAUAUUGCGGAAAUUCGUCCCAUCCGGAAUGAGUUGUGUCGCCUCUGCAAUGUAAAGCCACCAGUAAGUGUGACGAAGAACUAAAAGCUCACCAUUUCCCUUCUCCCCCCACAUACACAUUUUUCUAACACAAUAAAAAGGCAAGAAAAAAUAUUUUUUAUCUCUUCUUUAUUUAUAAUUUUUCGUGUAAAUUACGAUAUCGCUAUUCAAA